GUUGUAAUGAUUAUAAAAAUAACAAUCAAUUGAUUUAUCAAUUGUUUUGGCUUUAACACAUUUGGACCAAUAGUUUGGAUCAAAUGAUGGGCUAAUGGUAGCCAUCGUAUGAAUCACUUAAUGGGCUCUCAUUUGUCAAACAUUUCAGAUAACAAUCCGUUUGUCAGAAGAUCGCGACUCAUGUCUGACAUCGACAGCAACAGUGAGACAGCAGCUGAUGACUCGGAAACAGACGCCGAUUUGAAUACAAUAUUACGAUAUCUUAUCAGAAGAGGUCACAUAAGAUUUAUUAGGUCUUCAAGUUCUUCCAAUGACGAUGACUCGGACACCACCGAUGACUCCGGUUAUGUUUAUCAACGAUCCAACUCUAGUCGUAGAUAUCAAACACCCAUUGUCAAUGUCCCCAAUCCGGACACAUCAGUCAUUGAUGAAAGUGAUUUAAAGCUUAUACUGAGAGCACAAACAGGUCUGAAACCCGAUAAACCUUUGCCACCAAUUCCUAUGCUUUUUCGAAAUCGUGAAAUUGGUGUCAAUAGUUAUGGAGAUCAUGGGUCUACUCAAGUCUUUGGGUUAAGUGAUCGCUGCAAACUAUCGGACACUUUCCUGCCAAACAAGAUGUCCACAGUUGAACAAUACCCGAGUAAAGCUUUUUGCGGAUUUUACUCGAAAAGUGGUGACUUAUUUUUAACGGCCUGUCAGGACACAAAUAUCAGGAUUUAUGACACAAAAUAUGAUAAAUUUAAACUUUUAAAAACUGUUUGGGCCCGUGAUGUUGGUUGGAGUGUACUCGACACUGAUUUUAGUCCUAACGGCACUCACUUUAUAUAUUCGAGUUGGUCUGAAUGCAUACACAUAUGCAAUAUAUAUGGCGACAAUGAGACUCACGAAGCACUUUCACUAUCACCAGAUGACCGGCGUUUUUGUAUAUUUUCAUUGCGUUUCUCUCAGAAUGGUUCUGAGAUAUUAGGUGGUGCUAAUGAUAAGUGCCUUUACGUAUACAAUAGAGAGUGUAAAAGUCGUGUACUUAAGAUCAGAUGUCAUGAAGACGACGUCAAUUCCGUAGCAUUUGCCGACUCGAGCUCUCAAAUCUUGUUUAGUGCUGGAGAUGACGGACUUUGUAAAGUUUGGGACAGAAGAACUUUGAACGAAACAGAUCCUAAACCAGUCGGUACUUUCUCAGGACAUGUCGAUGGCAUUACUUAUAUUGAUUCUAAAGGCGAUGGCCGUCAUCUCAUAACUAAUAGUAAGGAUCAGUCGAUUAAACUUUGGGAUAUGAGAUGUUUUUCACCGCCCACUGGCUCUGAGGCUACCAGAAGAGCUGUUUCUAAACAAAAUUGGGAUUAUAGGUGGCAGGCUAUUCCUAGAAAAUUGCUAUCUAAUAGAAAGAAGAUUGAAGGCGACACCUCUCUAAUGACAUAUAUGGGUCAUUCUGUUUUACAAACAUUAAUUAGGUGUCAUUUUUCUCCUGAAUGGAGUACUGGCCAGCGAUAUAUAUACACUGGUUGUUCGUCUGGAAAAAUAGUUAUUUAUGAUGUAUUAAGCGGUAAAAUUGUCAAAACUCUAAGUGGACAUCGAGGAUGUGUUAGAGAUGUCUCGUUUCAUCCCUACGAUAUGACACUUAUGUCUUCGAGUUGGGACGGGACUAUAAUUAAAUGGAUUUACGCCGACGAGAAUGCUUUGUCUUAUGAGACCGAUUCAGAUACAGAUUCAGAGUUUUGUCGAUCAACUGGUUUAAGACGAUCCAAGAGAUUGGCUGAAAAAAGAAGAAGAACUCAAGAAUAAUGAAUUACUAAAAAUGUCUCAAUUUUACAAUUACAUAGUGUAAUAGUUUUUGUAUAAAAUAUUUUUACCAAACUAUCAAUAAUUUUAAACUACCGGUAAUUAUAUUUAUAAACUGUUUUUAUAAUU